UAAGCCGAUGGAAGAGCUUUUAUAAAGCACCCGAAAACACUGCGGUAUCAUUCAAUACAAGUGCCUGAAGUGGAAGUGUUGAAUUUUGUGAAACAGUAAAUAAAUCCAAAAAUUUACAAAUCGAAAUGUAUCCAAAGAUUGAUUCAGAAACGAAGCAGUUACCUGACGGCGAAAUGUGCAAUAUCAAAGGCAACAUGCAACAGAUGAAGAAGAAGGAUAUAAAUUGUCAGCAGUUUUUUCCGAAGACCACGAAGAUGACCAAGGAUUUCAUGGAUAAGAUGUACGUUAAAAAACUGGCAAAGGCUGAAACGUAUGUCCUGGAGGAUGGGUCCAAAUGCAGGACAAUCUCAGUUAUUGCAGCUCUGGUGGUCCUUUUCCUGUUCAGUUUCUUUGGUGUAUUCUUCAUGUGGUACACAGAUGGAUUUAACAACAUUAUUUAUUCAAAUAUGGUAAUUAGAGAAGGCGCACCUGGAUAUGAGAUCUGGAGAAAACCACCCCUAAAGAUUCUGGUCAAGGUUUAUCUUUUCAACUACACGAACGUUGACAGAUUCGAAGAUGGGCAGGAUGCAAAACUCAACGUGCAAGAAAAAGGACCAUAUGUUUAUGAGGAGUCGAUGGAGAGGGUAAACUUGAAUUUCAGCGGAAACAGAGUCUCCUUCCAGCUUAAAAAAUCAUACAAGUUCGUUCCAGAACUCUCUAAAGGCAGGCAAAAUGACAUAAUAGUGGUACCGAACAUGUUUCUCCUGGGUGCUACUGCUAUCAACAGAUACUCCAGCUUCUUAACCAAGUUAACCGUCUCCAGCGGUUUGAACGGUUUAUAUUCCAAGGCGUUUUUGAGCCUAGCUGCCGAUAGGUUAAUCAUGGGUUACGAUGAUAGCAUGUACGCUUUAUCCAGGAGCAUAAUGGUGUUCCAGGACAAGAAGAUGGCCGACAAAAUAGGACUCCUCAGCAAGAAUAUCGGGGUAUCAGAUGACGUCAUGACUGUACAUACUGGACAGGGUGAUAUAGAUAAAAUUGGGAAGAUUCUGAGCGUCAAUGGGAAGGACAAAGUGAACUUCUGGAGUACGGAAGAGUGUAACAGCUUCACCGACAGCACUGAUGGUACUCUUUUCUCCCCUAAAGCUGUGAGCCAAAAGAAACCUUUAAAGGUGUUCCAAAAAGACAUGUUCAGACACGUACCUCUGGUGUUCAAGAAGGAGAGUACCAUAUUGGACGGUGACAUUCCCUCCUACACCUAUGAAGUACCAGACAACUUCUUUGAUUCCCCUGAUUACUACCCUGCCAACCAAUGCUACUGCGAGAUGGAUGGUGGCACAUGUCCACCUCAUGGACUGUUCAAUUCUACCUUGUGUUCCAUGGGAGUUCCAACCUUCAUUUCCAACCCGCACUUUCACAGAGCUGAUCCCAAGUUGACAGAGAGCAUAACUGGGUUGAAUCCAAACGGAACUUUGCACGGUACAACGAUGGAACUGCAUCCUACGAUGGGUUUCCCAAUGAGCGGAAACACCAGGCUCCAGAUAAACAUGCAGAUACUCAAGAUAUCAGAGUUUUCCCAACUGUACAAAUAUCAGGAUGGGAUGAUCCUGCCUAUAGCCUGGUUUGACGUGAGCAUGCAAGAUAAGUACCUUCCAGAAGAGAUAAAGGAUAUAAUAGCAACUACAACCCAUACAGUAGCACUGAUAAAGAACCUUUUGAAAUAUGGAAGUAUCGUCAUUGCUAUCAUGACCCUGAUACCUAUAGCUGCGAAUUUAAGGUACAAAAUGACCAAAAAUAAGAGAAGAGACAGUACCAGACCACUUCGUAAGCAAGAUUCUGAGGUUGAAGCUUGAGGAAGACGUGGUUCCUCAAAAUUAUUCAAACAAAUGAGGAAACAAGAACAUAAUGGUACUAAAAAAAACGUGGGAUCAAAGCGAUGUUUUUGUUCUUGAGAGUUUUCCGUCCGUAGAAAGAGAGAGAUCAAGGAAUGUUUGUUCUUCGUGGAUUUUUUAAAUGUUUUCUGUGAAAACCCUGUGAUAUUUUCCCAGUUCCAUGAAGUGUGUUAUGAUAAUUCCACAUUGUUUUAGUGAAUACUUUUAAAACUGUUAUUGAAAUGAAACUUGUAUAUAAAUUUGAAAAAUACUCUUACGUUUAUAAGUUAGGCUUAUGAUCUUCGGAAAUUAUAUGUAGUAUGAGUAGGUCUCGAAUAAAGACUGAAUAUUGUUAAAGUUAAAAGUUAUUUUACAGAAAUAUAUGCUUCGUUAAAAGUGA